GCGCAGGGAUCGAAUUUCCGAUCGGUGUAUUGAGCAUUAGUUCUCAGAAAUAUUUAAUUCCGUAAUUUGUAUGCAUUGGAAUCAUUGCCAGAUGAAACAUUUGAUGGCGUCACACUCACGCGUCGCGGCAUCAUCAAGCGACACUAAGCAUUGUACUCUUCUUUCUCUACUACCUACUAAAUACGUUUUAUCUUAUAAGGCUUCAUGCAGCCAUUUUUGCCCUAUUUUUGGCAGCAGUGAUCAAUACGUUGGUAAGACUGUUACAAAACUUUUGUUUACGUAAAUCCGUAGAUGUAAUACCACUGUCACGCUGUCACUGCCGUGCUUCACCUACGAUCAGCUGCUAAGUUUGUGUUUAUGAAGGAUUCCCGGUUUUAUUUUUUGUGACAUCGAUGUCACGUCAUGAUAACAUUUACCAGGAAAUGUUUGUCACAUAUAUUGUAUAUAUGAUUUAUUCGAUCUUUCGAACUGGCUGGUAGUCAGUUAAAACGUACGAUUGCCGUUUUCAUCUACAUAUAACCUAAAUCAUUUACAAUGGCGUGGUUGGGAACAAUAGCUAGUAACGUUUUCCGAAAUAUCAUGUCUUCGGACGUAUCGCCAAAUCUUGUCCUAGAGGUUAAACCUGAAAAUUAUAGUAAUCGACAUAUUCUUUGUCGAGAGGAUGGCAUUGUACUUUACGCUCCAGGAGAACGACAUCUGGAAAAGUAUGAGAUCGUUCUUCAUAGACCUUGUACAGAAACGUUACAUCAAGCGUAUAGUUUAUUUCGGUCCGUGGACAAAUCACAGGCAGAAGGACACUUCAUCAUUUACAAAGAUAAGGUUCCAGUAUUGGUUCAGAUUUGUCGCGAGAUGUGUAACGUGAGUAAGAUACAAAAAUUAUGCGACACCCUGGUACAACAUCCCAGUUGGACAUUGGCACACUUGGCAGCUCACUUUGCUCUUUGCAAUGCUUUCGCCCAUACCGCCGUGAACAGCCAGUUAAACAGCGGUGAUAUCGAAUCAGGGGUAUCUCCGUUGCAAGUCGCGGUACAAAGUAAUAAUCUGCGCACGGUACAGAUGCUGAUAGAAGCGAAAAGUUCCCUGGAACAUUUGGAUAACAAUGCGAAUACCGUGUACCAUUUCGCGGCAACGUCUACCAAAGAAAUAAUUCUAGCCCUCGGAGGAGAUCUUCCAAAUAGUCUGAACAGUCGAAACUGUAAUGGUCACACGCCGUUACAUGUUGCGUGCCUAAAUAAUAAACCUGAAUGCGUUAAAGCUCUUUUAUUGAUCGGGGCGGACGUAAACAUUCCUGCAUCCGAGGGUGAACCUUCUAGUCCGAGUUACGUGGGUGACUUUCUACACAGUAAGCCGAACGUACUUCACGCCGAGGAUAUGAAAUUUGGUGGCACGCCGUUGCAUUGGUCGUUGAGCAGAGAGGUGAUCAAUGCUCUGAUCGAAAGUAAUUGCGACAUAGAUGCAUUAAAUUUCGAUGGUCGAACCGCCUUGCAUAUUAUGGCGAUGAGAAAACGCUUACCGUGCGUGGUGGCCCUCCUGAGUCAUAUGGCUUCCGUGAAUAUCGUCGACAAGGAUGGUAACACUCCGUUGCAUUUAGCAGUGUCAGAAGGUACGUUGGCCAUCGUUCAAAGUCUGAUAGGUUUCGGAGCGGACAUCGACGCGAGGAAUUGGAAGUCGGAAUCGCCACGGCAUCGAGUGAAUAUCGACAGCAGCGAGGGACAAAGAAUUCUGUACGUAUUAAACGCGGUUGGUGCUCAGCGUUGCCCACCGGAGAUGACCAAUUGCAAUUUGGGAUGCAAGUUGAGCGAGAGCUUUGACGGUAUCGCUCCGCGACAAACACCGAAGGUCCAUCCACGAACCAUCUUAGACCAAAUGCUUCACGUAUCUGGUAUGGAUAAAAUGGCUACGCAAGGAAACAAACGAAUCAAAGGCGGUCGACUUCUUUGUCUAGACGGAGGAGGGAUUCGUGGUUUAGUUCUGGUACAAAUGCUGUUGGAAAUCGAAUCGGUGCUCGGUAAACCCGUCGUAGAUUGUUUCGACUGGAUCGCGGGUACUUCGACGGGUGGAAUUCUGGCUCUUGGUCUCGCGUUAGGCAAGUCUCUGCGCGAAUGUCAAGCGCUUUACUUUCGUAUCAAGGAGGAAGCUUUUGUCGGAAUGCGACCGUACAACAGCGAAGAUUUAGAGAGGGUGUUGAAGGAUAGUCUCGGAGCCGAAACGGUGAUGUCCGAUAUCGAAAAACCAAAGAUAAUGAUCACGGGCGUGUUGGCCGAUAAGAAGCCCGUCGAUCUUUAUUUAUUCCGCAACUACGAAUCUCCUAGUACGUUGCUAAAAAUUCCAAUAGCGAGCUCGACAUCCAUUACGCUUUCGCCGCCGAACGAACAAUUAGUUUGGCACGUGGCACGCGCAACCGGCGCGGCUCCCACUUACUUUAAAUCAUUUGGAAAAUUUCUCGACGGUGGAUUGAUAGCGAACAAUCCAACGUUGGACGCCAUGACCGAAAUCCACGAGUACAAUCUCGCGUUAAAGGCAACUGGUCGGGAACAAGAUGCGGUGCCCUUGUCUCUGGUGGUUUCUCUUGGCACCGGUCUUCCGCCAACUACUCAGCUGAAAGACAUAGAUACAUUUAUACCAGAAAGUAUAUGGGGUACUGCGAAGCUUGCCAUGGGAAUAUCGAUUCUGGCGGACCUGCUGGUGGAUCAAGCGACCGCUACCGAUGGAAGAGUCGUCGAUCGUGCUAGAAACUGGUGUUCCAUGAUCGGCGUCCCAUACUAUAGAUUCAAUCCUCAACUUUGCGAAGAUGUUGCCAUGGAUGAGAAAAACGACGAGAUACUGGCCGACAUGAUAUGGAUCGCGCAAGCGUUUAUGCACGCCAACAGAGAUCAAAUAAGAGAAUUAGCUGCCGUGAUAAAUCGCGACGUUUACAGCGAAAUGUGAAAUUGUCUUCGAAACUGAUAUUAAUCCUUGUAUACUCCUUCUUUUUUAUUAACUAAUUUUUAGGUUUUAGUUUUUUUCCUUUUUUUUGAGGAAGAAAUUCAUCGUAGGAAGAAUUUGUUCGUCUGGUACGACAGUGGCGCACAAUUUUAGCGUCUUAGUCCCGAUUUUUAUUUCUAUCCUCUUCGAAUAUUUACCGAACAGUGAAUUAUUGAAAAGGAAGGAUAAUCUGUUAGUAGUUGAAUUGUAACAGAUAGCAAGUAACAGCAAGUAUACUAACUAAACACUUGUAGCUUUGUUGAUCAAAGUAUUCACCGUGCAGGCUAUUUAUUCGAUCGCCAAAGUGUUUAUUCAAAAAUAAAUAUAACCAAAGGAAGAAAGAAA